CAGUGUGUUUUGUUUUUAUGGCAGUGAAAAGAAUGUUUAUAUCGUGACAAUCGUGGGAAAAUGCAAAGGAAAUGGGGGAAGAGGCUGUGAAUCUUACGGUAAUCAAUGAGGAGAUUCGUACCCGGAAGCACACGAUGCGUCUCUGCCUCGGGAAUGAUUCUGAUGACAAGAACAGUGCGAAUAUCGUCGUUGAUCAGACACCCACUCCCACGAGGCUAAUCAGAAACUGCGAGGAGGUGGGCCUCUUUGAGGACCUCAAGCAUGUGAAUCCUUUCGAGGAAACCUUCAGACGCGCCGUAGAGGACGCGAAAACACCCACAGAGACGAAUCUUCUGCUCCCUGAGGAAGCGAACUUCGAAUCCGCGGCGAAGAUUGUAUCCGAGGACACUCUCCACACGCCCCACAUCUUCCCGUCCACGUACUUCAGCGCAGAGGUGCAGGAAGUGGCCGAGACGCAGACGAAGGAAUCCGCUGUGGAGGUGCAGAGGAAGCGAAAGUGGAUGCCAGCCAAUUGGAGACCUUCGUCAAGGAGCCAGAAACCUGUCCACAUUCAGCCCAAGGUAUCUACACCGCAAAUCAUCCAGCCGGCGAUCAUUCUUCCGCCCACGGUCAUCGUGAAGCUCAAUCCCAGUUCCGUGGCCGGAAGCGUGCCGGCGAUCAGCAUCCCAGCGGCCACAGUGACUCAGAGCACGGCGAGUAUUGUGAAGAAGAGACUGAGAAUCCUCUGCAGCGAGCAGAGGACCAAGAAGGACGUGCGAGUGGAGAAGGAAGUGAAAAGAGAGACGGUGAUUGAGAAGAAAGACACGAAAAAUUCCCCUGACCAGAGCAACAAGCUCAAAGGAAACAACGAGGCUGUCAAGAGAUACAGGGCGAAACUGAAAUCAUACCAAGACUUCCUGAAGACCAGCAAUCAGCAGCUUCAGAAUGAAAAUGCCCAGCUGAAACAGCAGAAUGAGAAGCUACGAAGUAUUCUCAGGAAGCAUAACAUUAGCAUACCGGAAGAACUGCUCUCGGUGGAACAUGGAAAAUAGUGGAAAUAGAAUAAUUUUUUUUAAAGAAUGCGCCAAUUUUCAUUUUUGCAUACAAGUUUCACUGCUGUUUCACGUAAAAACUGAACGAAAUGGCGUGUGUCAUGGCUAACUGAACGAAAGCAUCAAGCCGCAUUUCAAUCACGAUUGGACACGAUCUCUUCGACAAGUGAUAGCCAAGCGCGGAAGGAAGAUCGAGAAAAUCGUCUGUUUCUGUAAAAUCAGCGUAAAGAGAAAGAUGGAGGAAUCACGAAAAAUUGCCGGAUCGAUUUUAACAGAAUCGAUUCUGAAGCUCAAUAAUGAUUGCUUGUGGGAAGUUUUCACUUACCUAGACAUCCGGGAGUUGAUGGUGGCUGAAAAGGUGUGUCGGUGGUUCAAGGAAAUUGCAGAAAUGAUCUACAAAACGCGACAAGUGCUGGAUUUGAAGAGUUAUGAUGGUUAUGAUCCUGGCCCUGCUAAAAAGAACUUCAAGAUAUUCACACUGAAGGAAAUUAUUGAUAUCUCAAUCAAACUGAAGCCCAGCAAUAUUCACACCUUUGAGGCGAAUGGAUACUCAUAACUUCAUAACUUCAUAAGAGCUCUCGUGCCGAUUCUACGCAAGAGAGCAAAUAUCCUUGAUCUUCACGGCCCUAAAUUGAAGGAAAACACAAUCGAUAUUCCAAAUCUGAAGAUUACAUAAUGAGAUUGAGAUGCUGAAAAAAGAAUUGCAGUGGCAAUAAAACAACGGAAUUAUA